CCUGCCUGGAAAAGCUAGCCCUCCCCUUCUUUCCCUUCCCUCUCUAAUGCUUCGGUGACAUUCAGCAAAGAAGAGAGAGAUGAACCUGGAGGGAAGAAAAAGCAAAGAGCUGCCUGCAAGCAGAUGGAGGAGGGAAGGCCUCCCCGGCCUGGCUGAAGGAACCUGCUAGGAGGCAGAUGCUUGGCACAGAAGAAGUGGGCAAGGGUCCCCUCUUUUUAUCCCCGAUUAGCCCCUUAUCCAUCCUCAUGCACAGCUGGCUUAGCUAGUGGCUGAAAGGAUGGAGAAAGGAGCCAGAGCUGCUGCAAUAAACCUGUCUUCUGCUUGCAAGAGCUGAACCAGCAUCCUUCUCUGCAGUCUUUUGGUCCUUGCCCUGCCCAGCCUGGUUCAAGCCCAGAGCAUCCUCAAAAGAGCCCAAAAAAACAGAGCCAGGACCAGCCUCAGCAACCUCUGUCAGCAUCCUUUCUCUCUGAGCAUCCUUUCUCUUCCUCAGUAUCCUUUCUCUUUCAGCAUCCUUUCUCUUUUGUCUCUUCCCAAGAGGGCCACUGCUCUGGAGGAAUUGCAUGGGCUCUUCUGCUGCGAAACAAUAUAUUAUUUAAAAGAGAAAAGCAGAACGGACACAUACACACCCCAUGUCUGCAGUUUGUGGGGGGGCACCAGGAGCUGCAGCGAGGAUUUAAGAAGGUCCCCUCCUUUUUUCACAUCCAGCCAAAGGGGCUGAGCCAGCAAAAGAAAGGCAGAGAAAGAGACAAAGUUGGGGGACUAUGGCUGAGAAGACCCUUGACCCCACCUGCGUCUCCAUUGCCUUGGAGGACCCCAUCUGCAACUCCGGGGCCCAAGAGGCUCCCCUCUUGACCACUCACUUGAAGAAGGUGGAGAACCACAUCACAGAGGCCCAGCGGUUCUCCCAUCUGCCCAAGCGCUCUGCCGUGGAUAUCGAAUUCAUCGACCUGUCCUACUCCGUCCGCGAAGGGUCCUGUUGGCGGAAGAGAGGAUACAAGACGCUGCUAAAAUGUCUGUCUGGGAAGUUUUGUCGUCGGGAGCUUAUUGGGAUUAUGGGCCCUUCUGGAGCUGGGAAAUCAACCCUAAUGAACAUCCUGGCUGGUUACCGGGAGACAGGGAUGAAGGGCCAGAUUCUUGUGAACGGACGGCAGAGAGAGCUGCGCACUUUCCGAAAGAUGUCUUGCUACAUAAUGCAAGAUGACAUGCUGUUGCCCCAUCUCACCGUCCGCGAGGCUAUGAUGGUUUCUGCAAACCUGAAGCUGAACGAGAAGCAGGAGGUGAAGAAAGAGCUGGUGGAUGAAAUCUUGACAGCACUGAGUCUUCUGGAGUGUUCUUACACCCGCACUAUAUCCCUGUCUGGGGGGCAGCGCAAGCGUCUCGCCAUUGCUCUGGAGCUAGUCAACAAUCCUCCAGUCAUGUUUUUUGAUGAACCCACCAGCGGCCUGGACAGUGCCUCCUGCUUCCAGGUGGUCUCCCUGCUGAAAUCCCUGGCCCAAGGUGGACGCACCAUCAUCUGCACCAUCCACCAGCCCAGCGCCAAGCUAUUUGAGAAGUUUGACAAGCUGUAUAUCCUGAGCCAGGGUCAAUGCAUCUUCAAGGGAGCUGUACCCAACCUCAUCCCGUACCUAAAAGGGCUGGGACUUCAUUGCCCUACCUACCAUAACCCAGCUGAUUUCAUUAUCGAAGUUGCUUCGGGAGAGUAUGGUGACCUCAACCCACUCCUGUUCCAAGCGGUCCAGAAUGGACUGUGUGCCAUGGCCGACAAGAAGAGCAGUCCAGACAAAAUGGAUUCCUCUUGCCCAGCUCCUUGCAUGGCUGAUCUGGAUCACAUUGAAAGCCACACUUUUGCUACCAGCACCUUGACCCAAUUCUGCAUCCUCUUCAAGAGGACCUUCCUGUCCAUCAUGAGAGAUACGGUGCUCACCCACCUGCGGUUCAUGUCCCACAUCUGCAUCGGUGUCUUGAUCGGCCUCCUCUAUUUGCACAUCGGCAAUGACGCUGCCAAGGUCUUCAACAACACAGGAUUCCUGUUCUUCUCCAUGCUCUUCCUCAUGUUUGCAGCACUCAUGCCCACUGUCCUCACUUUCCCUCUGGAGAUGUCCGUGUUUCUGAGGGAGCACCUAAACUACUGGUACAGCCUGAAAGCCUAUUUCCUUGCCAAAACUAUGGCGGACGUUCCUUUUCAGGUUAUUUGCCCCAUCACCUACUGCAGCAUUGUCUACUGGAUGACAGGACAGCCCCCCGAAGCCACUCGCUUCAUCCUCUUCUCUGCCCUAGCCACUUCUACCGCUCUGGUGGCCCAGUCUUUGGGGCUCAUGAUCGGAGCAGCAUCCACCUCUUUACAGGUAGCCACCUUUGUGGGUCCAGUGACAGCUAUCCCAGUCCUCCUCUUCUCUGGCUUCUUUGUCAGUUUCAAGACCAUCCCGACGUACCUGCAGUGGAGUUCCUACGUCUCUUAUGUCAGGUAUGGCUUUGAAGGUGUCAUCCUCACCAUCUACUCCUUGGAACGUGGCGAACUGGAGUGCAAGGAGCCUGAGUGUCCCUUCAAAGACCCCAUCAAAAUCCUCAAGGAACUAGACGUGGAAGAAGCCAAACUCUACCUAGACUUUAUAGUUCUUGGGAUUUUCUUUUUCAUCCUCCGGCUCUUGGCCUACCUCACUCUCAAGUACAAGGUGAAAUCCGAAAGAUAAAAAGGAGACUUGGGCACACAACCCCUGUCCCCCUUGGUGGAGGCUGUGGGCUGUGCCAUAAAACAUUUCCUAAAGGACCUCACAAAAAAAAAAAUACUCUGUGUAGGUCACACAGGGAAGGAAGGGAUGCAUCCGGUCUCUGGAGUGAUGAUGAUGAUGAUAAUGAUGAUGAUGACCAGCGUUGGCUCAGUCGAGAAGAGUUGAUGGAGACGUCUCGGAACUGUUUUAACCUUUGCAAGCAUUCUCUUCGUUGCAAAACGGUCGCUCACGCUCUCCGUUUUCCUGUUUAUUUUUUAUAUAAUUCUGGAAUGUGUCAAAAACUUUCUUCCCGGAGCAAUAUCAGUUGGAAAGAACAUGUCUUCAGUCAUGCAUUCCCAACCUCUCCAUAAACCCAGAUGUCUUCUAGGGGAAGGCGUCGUCUCAAAGUCAAGCUAACUAAAAUUGAGGCAGCUUGGUUUCUGCUCCAUUGGGGGAAGUUGGGAA